AACCAGGGGCCAUGGGGUAAAAUGUUUUGUUUCCGGUUUUCAAACGUCCCGCUUAGCAGCCCCGCUGUUAUUUGACACACGCAUCAUGCAUAUAUGGGGCGGAGUGUUGUCAAAUGACUAAUAUCGUGCGCCCGAAGAUCGUUAGGAGAACUUGAAGUAUUGUUAGCUCGUCAUGUUGCUUUCAGCGACUCUGUCUUUGAACUGACAGUAGUGCUAAUGACCAGCGAAUUGCUGACUGGGAGGUGGGGACAUUUUGCUGACUGACUGACAUGAAUGCAGAUCAGAAAGGAGCUUGGUUGGACCUGAAAGAACUUCACUCCUCCUUGAAUGAUUUAAAGGACAAGCUAAACAGGACUGGUCAGAAGCUUUCCGCUGCUUCUUCUUCUGGCCCAAUUGAGUUCAACUUCGCUGCUCAGCCAAGCUCUGUCACCUCCACGAGCAAUUUUGUGCACAGACUUGGGACAGCUGGAACGUCUGCUUCAUCUCUCGUAAGCCCAAAGGGUUACAGGACAACUCAAAGCACGGAAAGGAGUGCUAUAAAUGGUCUGAUAUCACCACAAGCCCAGACAACAGAAAGAGGCCACAUUUUGUCACAGCAAUCUAUAAAAAAUUUGGACUUUCUACAUCAUGAUGAAUUGGACUUCAUGCACUCACUUCGACAGUCCAGCACUCAAAACAGCUUUGUGCCCUCAGCGGCUGCCAUUACAACUGCUACAAAUGUUACGUUUACUGUAGGUGGCAUUGUAGCGAAACGCAGUGCAAGUGAUAGUGGGCUCCAUGUAAGAAAAGCGCAUUAUAUCAACGAUGAAGCCGGUAGUCUGCUAAAACAGGGUCCACGAAAUUCUGGUAGCAAGAUUUUAUCCGGUAGCAGCCGGAAACUCCGCAGGUUGGUCGAAAAGCAAAAGAAAGUGGUGGAUUCUCGACGCAGUGAAGACAAGUCCUCGCAACAUCAGGCAGACCACAAUGGAAACAAUGUUGAUGUCCAAGGAUCUCCAUUUGCUGCACAGGGGCAGCCUACAAAGCUGGUGGAUGCUUCCACCUUCUGUAAGCCCAGUAGCACCACUGUUGCCACUAACACCUCAGUGGCUCUGUCUGUCGAAUCUGGCAAGCCAUCUGAAGAAGACCUUUCGGAAGGUGACUAUACUUCAUGCAGAAACAUUGCUUUCUUGGAAAUGGUGGAAAAUGUAAACUUGUGUUCGCAAGAUUGUGUGGAGGAGUAUCUCGAAUAUCUGAAGGAGAGGAAAACUGUGGGAUCUGAUGCAAGCAAGCACUUGGGGCCAUGCACCACCUCAACUGUGCCAGAUGGACCUUACAGACAUGAAAACUUUCCUGGAAAUGAGCCUGUAAAUUGGGCUUCAAAUGGAUUUUCUAUUGAUCCUGUUUGGAAACGAAAGUUUGCCUCUGUACCUCAACCAAAGGAAUACAGAGGGUUUUCUCUCCAAGCUGACGCAUCCACGCAAAAGAAAGUCCGGCAGCUUUCAAGCAAGAUAGACAAGCUAGAAGAUGCUGGUGAGGUAAAUUUGGCAGAAAGAAAAGAGCCAAGUGCCCAGUCUGCAGGAUUAAAUCAGCAUGGAUGUCUUGUGACCCAUGAGAAGACCAAUGCUGGGGAUCAUCCUGUGAAACCAUCAGUAAUCACACCAACCAGUUGGAAGAAGGGCAGAAACUUAGCCUUGAGGAUACAUGGCCCAUACCUAGCUGCUUCAUCAGUGAAAGAAACAGGGGUUUCAGAAAAGCAGCCUGGGAAUGGUUCUAGCAGAAACCAUGCUCAAGUGGAACAACUUCGCUUCACAGGAGCUGAUGGUGAGAAGCGUAUUUUAUCCAAUGAAGACAAGAUAUUAGCUCUCAGGAACUUAGGCAAAAGUCUGAGUGUAAAAAGAAAAGCACAGCUCCAAAUGGAACCAGAAAGGGACUCAUCUGCACCAGCCACAAAAGUACGGCACUAUGAUGCAUCUGCAGUCCGUGACUUCAUCAUGAAACAGAAGAUUGGUCGAAAACAGCAGAAGUACGAGGCUGAACAAGGCAUAGUGGACGCUGCUCGAACAAGGGAGCUGCGCUUGGAGAAGCUGUAUGCUUUUCAGAGGAAGACAGCGUAUGACAGUGCUCGCAUUGGCCGACAUAAACUGAGGCGCCAGCAGGAAGAUGAAAAGGCUGUCCAUGAGUUUGUCAAACAUUUGAAGUCUAUGCAAGAUGUGACCAAUUUUGACCAGAAGGACAGUUACCCUCAAAGCUUAGCUUCUGGUAGUAAUGUUCAAGGUGCUGACAGUGGUCACGAUCCUCGUCAAGCACAUAUGGAGCUGCAAAAAGAUCGAGAGGUUUGGGUUGGACUAACACAGACUGGAUUGGUUAGUCGUGGCAGCAAAGAUAAGUGCCUGUCGAAGCCCUCUGCUGACCAACUAAGUCUUUCGUCAAACCCCUCGCAGUGCAUUGAAAGUGGUGUCUUGAAAAACCCAUUGGAGGGUCAGCUCUCUUCUCCAAGUCUUGUUGAUUGUAAGAGACAGCAGUUACAGACACAAGAAUUUCAGUACAAACCGACUGGGCAAGUUCUCCGCCUUGAGCAAAUUACUGCGGAAAUUAAUAAGUGUCUGGAUGAACAGUUGAAUCUGUUGGGCUGUAACACUGCCUUUCAAGUGCCAGAAUAUGAUAAACACCAUGCUUCUGAAAUCACUGAGAGGCUUCAAAUGAUGCUAUCUGAGGCACUUGAGACGUUGUGUGGUCCAUCUCAAGUGCAUGAUUCUUCUGGUCGGAGUACGCCAUUUGAAGAGACUUCAGAAAAAGCAUCAAGCAUUCCUGUGGACACUCAAGUGCAGAAUGAAGCUGCAAAGAAGAUACAAAAUUUCUAUCGCAAACAUUUGAUGCAGAAGCAAAAAGGAAUGUUUGAAAAAGAUGGCCAUAAAUACGAAAAAUAUGGGGCAAAUUGGGCACUGAGUUGCAUUCUUGAAGAGUCUUCACAGCCACAGAGGGAGUCUAGAACUGAGAACUGCAGCACUGAGUUGUCAGCUCCCAAUGAGGAGCCCUCACGUCACCUCAUGCCUGAUCCAAAUAACAUUGCCAGAGCAUGGAAGAGCAAAUUUUCCAAAGCGUUUCUUACCAGCACACGGCUUGAAGAUGAGUCUUAUCUGCCAAGCUUCAACCUCAGUACAGUGGCCACUUCAAGUGCUCCCAUUUCAAGAAAAGUCAUGGCGCAACAUAUUCAGACAGACGCAGGCUUACAACGAGAAAAGGUGCAGACAUCUAGAGGCACAUCAGCUGAGGUCUUGACAUCUUUACUUGAGGAGGACCCUGCUCGACACAGCAACGUGGUCACAAGCCAUGUAUCUGUCACAAAGUCACAUUCAAAAUCUGAAGCUGCCACUGAAAAGAUGAGGGUGCUGCCUGUUAAAUCGGUGAGCAUGGAAACAGUCUCUCGACCCUCUACAGGAUCAGUCUUGAACGCCAAGAAAGCCCAUAAGAAGUCUUCUAGGCAAGAUCCUGAACAGCAGCAGCCUAGUGAAAAUGCAGAGACUUCACUGGUGCCUGUGACUGCCUGUAAAAUAGCCAGCAGGCCUUUGAGUGGUUUGGAGAGGACUGAACCAAAGCAAGCAAGUUUUAACAGUGACAAAGCCUGGGUGUUACUUGAGGCUCAAGCAAGGGCCCUUCAAGCAUCAGCAGAAACGGCACGGCACUUAGCACAAGUCCGUGCCCCGUCUUUGCUGGAGCUUCAUGGGGAAGAUAUGGUGCAGCGGCUAACAGCUAAUACUGUUGUAGCUGCAUCUGCGUUGGCGGCUGCCUUGGCCAGCCAAAGACCCGAUUGGCAGGUGUCGGUUCCAAGUGAAAAAGGUGCCCACCGUAAGACACGGCCAUCAUCAUCGUCAUCCACAGCCUCGCAGCCCACAGAUGCUGGCUUUGAGUCCAUUGACAAAACAUCUCCACAGAGUUCAGCUGAGGACAGUUGUUCACCACCAACUGAAGACAAUACCAAGGAAACUAAGGGGACUGAAACCAUGUCUCGGCAAGAUAACAAUGUUGAUGGGUCAGACAGAAGUCCUUCUUCAGCUUCUAUAUCUGAGGAGCUGGACACAUUGGGUUUGAGUGAUUCAACUCGGAACAACAGGAAAUCGAAGUCUAGCACAUCCAAGAAACGGCAGCCAAAAAACAUGGCCCCCCUCUCUCUAGACAGCAGUGCCACUGAGGACUCCGCCAGUGCCUCCAAACCACAACAGGCAUGGAGCAAGAGCUCCCUGAGUGAGACAGUCCUGCUGGAUCGGGAUUUGUUGAGUUAUGGCUCAUUGAUGGAGCACCCACUCAGUGGAAGGUUGUCCAGCAAAGAAGAAAUCGAGGGAGGGGGCCAUCCACCUCUGGCACUGCUGCGUCUCCAGGAGCGUGACGUUAUUGAGCGUGCACGAGCAGACCUUACCUGGAUCGAGGUUCUCAAGAGGAACUGUCGUGAAAAGGGCUCGGAAGAAAGAUUGCCAACAUUGCGUAAGAGGCAGCGGGCUAUUCUCAUCAGGCUGCAUCAGAAACGGAUGGAACUGAAGGCUCUCCAGAGUCGCUGUCUUACUCAGGGUCAGCAAGCUGGAAGUCAUACUUCAGCAUCAAAUGAGAAUUCUGUUCCAGUAGAUGUUGCUACUGAAGUUCCUGAUGGUUCUACUAGUGGCAUGCACUCAAGUGGUAUUAGUGAAAAUUGUGAGGCAUCAUGGCUCAGUGACCAACUCAGUGACCAAUCUAAGGAAUCAUCCCAACCUGAUGAGAUUCCGAUGCAGAUUGAACAGAAGUCGUCACUAGUUAACAGCUAUAUUUCAACAUUUGAGAGCAGUAACACUAUUCCAGAGCUCCAGGAGGACUCGACACAUUUGAAGCUCAAUGCCAGUAAACGGUUCUUGGAAGAGCGGCAGCAAAUGUUGCAGGACCGGCGGAAAAAUGUACAGAAAUUGCUCGAGUGGCAGAAGAAGCUCAAUGCAGAAGAAGCAAGUGUACGUGCCCUUGAGCGCAGAGCCCUUGCCAGGCUUCGAGCACGUGGUGCAAAGACUCCACCUCAGAGCAAAUCGGACACCUCUGUCACAGCAGCUCCAUCCCAAGCAGAUACGCCAACUUCCAUAUCUAAAAAUAAUGGGGUGGUGAGAAGUUCAACAUAUCCUGAAGAUGCCUCAAUAGAGGAGGAAGUGUCUGAAGAAGUAUGUGUGGAGGCCCCACCAACAACAGAAUCCAUCCAAGAGGAGGCAGCUGUGACAGAACCAUCAAGUGGUGGCCAGCAUGAAUCAACUAUUAACAGCAAGGUUGUUGCAUCAGCGUCCUCGGAGGCGGAGGUCUCUACACAGACCGAGAAUGUCAUCAGGCGAAGUAAUAGCAGUGGGGGCCGUAGGAGCCUGAUGCUGAUUAAGAAGCCAUUAGUAGUCAGAAGAAAAGUUCGUCGGGACUCUAGUGGCUCUGAAGAUUCUUUCAAUGUAUCACUUUCUGAAACAGCCUCAGACCAGAGUGACAUUGAAGGCCGAAUCAUAGCACUAAGUCAGGAACUCAAGAAGCGGCAAUUAGAGGCAGAGCAGCUAAAGCAGGAGCAAAAACGUCGCCGCACCGAAGUGCUCCGUGAACGGGAGGAAUCCCUCAAGAAACACAUAGAGCUAUAUGAUAAACUGAUUCAGCAAGCAAGGGAGGAGCUAGAGAAGGAGCUAGACAUGGCUCAGCAGGAAAAAGUGUCAUUUGUAAAGCCGCAGAUCAAGAAGCCUCGUGCUGCAGAACAACGCAAGCACCGGCUUGUCCAGAUGAGUUCUCCCGAGAGUGUGACACAGCCAGCCUCGGUACUAAAAAACAAGGAAUCUAAACUAUGCACUGAGUCACCAGUGGAAGUGUUGACUGGAUCUUUGAAAAAAUCUGAAUCCGAAAUUGGUACUGAGGAAGAGCAGUCCAAUGAAGCCUCUUCAUUUGUCUCGUCUGGUACUGAGGAAUUGGCUCCAAAAUUAGCUACACCAUCUAUUACUGAUAAAUCAGCCCCAAGGACGUCUAUAUCAUCUGCUACUUCCGAAAUUGUGGAAGAGCUUAGCAGUAAGGAAGUGUCUGCAUCAGCUUCUAAAAAGGACACUGAACAACCAGAGGCAACAUCCUCAUAUGCUAGUUCCAAGGCAGCUGAAGAACAAUCUUCCAUUUCUGAGAUUCAACCAGAUGCUGAAGACCCUUUGCUCAUUAGUGCAAAAGUCACUGAUGAACCAAAUACCCAGGAUAAUACUUUAACUCCUGACAGGACUUCUGAACCUGGUACUAAUGCAGGCGGUGUUUCUGUGAAGAGCAGUGUCGAUCCAACAUUUAUGGCUCAGAGUGCCACUGUCAAAGAUGAGACGUUGUUGAGUGAUGCCAUCAGUGAACAAAUUGGUGCAACAGCAUCGGAAAGUUUCUUAUCUGAAGGAGGCAUGAAAGAUAGGGCAAAUUCAAAUGGCCAGCAUGUGAAGGAGGCUAAUAUAUCUACCACAGACAAAUCGGAGUCCCAGAAUGACACUUCUGAGGGAAUACUCUCUUCUCUUGGUGGUGAGAAUGAAAAUUCUUUGAGCCAUGAAACCAAAGAUGAGCAGCCUUGUGAAGUGGCACUAGUGUCUGGAAAACAAACUAAUGAAAAACCAUUAGGUCACAGUGAAAACUCUACUGAGGUGGGUGUGCUUAAAGAAGACUCAAGUCCUUCCAGCAGUAAGGCUGUUGAUGCACCAGCGAGUCUGUCUAGCUUGGAGGAUGAGUCAACAGUCACAGAGGAAGUAGCAGAGUACACAGAAGAGCUUGUGCACAGUACAGUAAUAGAUUCAAGCUUGUCUCAUGAAGACGCAAUUGAAGAAAGAAAAGUUGAUAAGGCAGUUGAUAGCAUCCUUUGUUAUCUUCUAGAGGAUACCAUUAAAGCCCUGGUAGGCAGACAGGACUCUUCCAUACCAUUAGCUGAAGAAGCUGGAACAGUGAAAGCAGCUUCGUCUAAUGAAGUUACUAGAAGAAUGCAGGGUGAAUGUAGGCUUCCAUUAGAUGUGUCGGCUAGUUGCGGCUAUUUUACUGCACCAUCAAAUGAAGAAGUGCUGUCUGCCACAGAGAGGAACUCUUAUGAGCUCCAUGUCCAGCUCACUGACAGAGAAACAUUGGCUGGUGCUGUGGGAGAUAAGAUGACAGAAACAGCCAACCAACUUGACAGCUCUUUAGAGACUGGUAAACCUUGGGCCACUGUAAUGAUCGAUGCAAUUGCUGAGAAGCUCGUUUCUGAGGCAAUAGACUCAGUAGUGGUCAUUGCAAAGGAGAAGGGACUGCUCACUGCCAUGUCUGUUGAGAGUGACAGUCAUAAGUCCAAUGUAAGCCAGAAGGUGAGUGCGAUCCUUGCAAGCAUUGAAGAGACAAGGAACAGCCGCGAGUUACAGAGGCCACAAGACCUGAUGGUACUCUCAACGGAUCUUGACGAUGAGGAGUUUUCCUGGAAGGACGCUUCAACUGCUCCAAUUUUAACAUUGAGUGAGGAUGCACCUGCUGAAAUGAGCCCAAAGGAGCUCUGUUCAAGAGCAGUGCAAGCUGAAGACUGUUUUUUGUCAACAACUUCAGAGCAGGACUGGUUUGAUGAUGACUUUGGCUUGGGUUCUGGUGACAACGCUUUGGCCUACCAACGACGUAUUCCAAACAAGCCACCACCUCCUUACAGUCCCCCCAAGAGUGGCUUUAUGUCAAGGCUGUUUUCUGAAGCUGUAUGGAAAGUGCCCAACAUGGAGGCUGAAGUAUCAGCUUUGGUACGAAAGGCAGCCACCAUUGUUUAUGCAACAGCUGUGCAGGGAAAAGGUCUUGUGAACCUGACCUUUAGCCCCGAGUGUGUUGGUGAAAAGGCCGGUGCAUCAGGUGUUGAUGGAGACAGCUACCGAGCUUACUGUGAAUUCCUGUUUGAGCUUGUAAAAGAGACAGCACAAGAAAUUUUCUGCACUGAAGCCACAGAUACUCCUCCACCAUUCUGGCAGCGAAAUGUGCGUCUUAGAAGAAAGCGACCUUUGCCUGCUACGCUUGAACUUUUUGUCUCUAUUGUGGGGAGCAAGGUGUUGUCAGUGCCAGGACUCCAUGAAAAUUCUGAACUUGCAUUCCGAAACUUUGAUGACCGUGGACUGAAUUUUGUGGAUGUACUGCUCUAUUCUGAAGCCAGAGGUGAAGAGCCUGAGUGGGUGGACUACAGUCGUGAAGAAGUCAUUGUCAAAGACCAGGUGGCCAUUGCAAUUUUUCACCUGUUAGUGGAUGACACACUUGAAACUUUGAAGUCCCUUUGGCAGUUGAGAUGACAGAUAGUGUAAGUCAUGUUUCUGGUAGCUUUCUUUUUUUUUUUUUCAGUGAUUGCAGUGAACAUUUUUCUGUAGAAAAUCAGUUUGCUGAAGUAUUUCCUGCUUGAGUUUAGAUAACCUAUGCCAGUUACACAGAUGGCUGGUAGUAGAUUUUGCUGGUCAGAUGAUAACUGCUUCAUAUAGAGCAGUUUUCAUACCGACCUAUAUGGAACAAGUCACAUGUAAUUAAAUGCAUUUUUUGGUAGUAUUGUAAUUGAAGAUUUCCUUUGUUUACUCUCUGAAGUAAUCUUUAAAUCACUUCCUUUUCUGAGUAAGUAAUCACACCUAACCAGUUAAAUGACAAAAGAAGUUUUUGCAGCUGAUGCAGCCUUGAGCACUUGAAUGUGGGGGUAGCUAAUGUAGGGUCUGCAUGGUCUGCAGUUGGCAUCAUCCGAAGGGAUGAAAAUAGCAUUACUUCCUUCCCACAAUCUGUGCCCUGCAGCUAUGCUUCAUCAACAGAACAUUAUCAGCUUGUAGAUUUGCACACUGCUACUGCUCACUGCAUUACUUUUCUGAUGUAGGCAGUCUUGAGCUGUUAAGUGUACAUAAUUCCCCUCUGUUUGAAAUGCGGCUCAUGUGGGCCUAAUUUAGCAAUUUUCUAAACUAAAAAUUAAACUUUGGCCAUCUCUUCAUGGAACGUGAACGUGCACUGGCAUCCUAAUUCAGCCACUAAUAAUGCCAGGCUGCACUACUAAUACUGAUACAGCCAGACCAGUUCGUUCCAGUUUCUGUGCUUGUGCAAUAUUUGCAGAAGUAGGAACAAAUUAAUGGAGAAGUCAUUAGUUGCUUUAUAGUAAUUGUUCAAUUGCUCUCAUGGGGCAGUAAUUAGCUACUGCAGUCACAUUUCCGAGUGGAAUAAUUGUAAUGGGGUUACUUCUUUUUCUGUAGUGUGUACAAGUCUGUACAAAAUGAGGUCACUUCGAACAAGUCUGCUAUUUUUAACAAUAGCGCUGCUCAGGCAGACAAGAGUGACAUGUGGCAGCAUAUUUCACAGCCGGUUGAGAUCUUGUUCUUGUUCUCAUGAAUUACCAUUUGUGGAAGCUUACAGAAUAAAUUGAAUCUUUUUCUUAGAA